AUGUGUAAAUGUUUCACUAGUUGCUUCUUCUUCUUCUUCUUACUGGAUUAUUUCGGUAUUGAAUAUGAUCAGAAAGUCGAAGUGAUUAAACGUGAAGAAAAUAAACGUAAAGCAUCAUUAUCAACAUCAAAAAAUAUUAUUGAUGAACAAUAUUUUGGUGUACAUGAUGAUGAUGUCAAGUUACAUGCUAGAGAGAGUGUUAAAUCUAAGAAGAAUUCAUCUGAAAUAACAGUACUUCAUUCAAAGACAUCUCAUUUAGAUGAUUUAUGUGAGAUCGACUCACAAUAUUUUGGCUCCACAGGAUCUAAUACAAAUCCAAUAGAAAAUGUCAGCUCAGUAGUUAACAAUACUACUAAUCCAUUGAUAAUUUCACAGCCUAAAAUUAGGACUGGUAAAAAGCAUAUUCCUCAUCCUGCUACUACUAUUACUAAUACUAAUACACAUACUGAUAUUACUUUGAAAAGUAAUGCAAAUCUAAGAAAACAGGAAAAAUUGGUCCCUGGGACCAAGACUGUUCGGGUUGAUAAUAAUGUACGCCGAAAUAAUAAUGAUUCAUUGAGACUUAACAAAAAUGAUAAUGAUAGUCGUUACGAUGAUGAUGUUGAAUAUGGAUCAGAUGCAGUUAGAAUUAUCCGACAAAGAACCAAGUUAAAUCUAUACACUGGUACUACCUUAGAUAUACCAUCAAAUAAAUCGACAGCGUCGGUCCCAGAAAAAUUGGAUAGUCAAGGAUAUCGUGUCCCGGAUGAAGAUCCAUAUAAAUUUGAUUUAUUAACUGAAGAAGAAGCUGCAACGGUAUUGUAUAAAUCAAUUAUAGAAAUAAGAGAAAAUGUGAUCACUUUGAAUAAACCAUAUGGAAUAGCAUCUCAACCUGGAGCUGAUUGUAAACAUAAUAUUGUUGAUUUAUUACCGCGUAUUGAAUCAAUGAUAAGAAAACGAAGUCAUCAUGGCAAUCAUGGGAAAGGUGAAGAAAAAUGCAUUGGUGAACUGUCAACUGUUCAUCGAUUAGACAAAGAUUCCAGUGGAAUUAUAUUAAUAGCUAGAAAUAAAGAUUCUGCAUUAAAACUUCAAGAGGCAUUUGCAAGACGUUGGAUUAAAAAAGAUUAUUUAUGUAUUACUGUUGGUAUACCAAGAUCAGAUUAUGGUUAUAUACAAUUGCCAUUAGUUGAACGAAAUUUCAAUGGAAUUCGUAAAAUGUGUGCUCCUCAACUAAAUCGUCAUCUACAAGAAUUAACUUGUAAACAAACACAAUUAGAUAUAAAUAAUGAAGCGAAUGAAUAUGAUGUAACAGAUGCUUUCUCUGUACUAUAUGAUAAAAUGCAAACAAAUCAUAAUCAACCAACUACUUGGUAUCAUUUAAUGGAUAGACGAAAUGAUGCUGCAUUAAUGCUUUGUUCUACAUUGACUGGUAUAAAACAUCAAAUUCGAGCUCAUUUAGCAUUUGGUUUACAAACUCCUAUACUUGGUGAUCAUAAAUAUUCACAUGCUGAAUAUUUAGCACCUCAACGUUUACCAAAAUCUUUAUUAGAAGUAUUAAAUAUUAGACAAUCGAAAGUACGAUAUAUUAGUUUACAUUUACAUGCUUUAAGUUUACAUCUUCAUGUACCACCACCAUCAUCAUCAUCAUCAUCAUCACCAUCUUCUUCUUCUUCUUCCAGUAAUGAAGGAUUUUUUGAUUUUGUUCGAUCAUUUGAUAAUUCACAUAGUAACAAUAAGAUUACUAAUAAUAAAUUUAUAAAAAAUCCUUUUAAAUUCACUGCACCAUUACCGAAUCACUUUCGAGGUAAUUUAAAACGUAUUGGAUUAAAAUUACCGCAUUAUUUAAAGUAUUUACAUUGAUAGUUUGUUUCAUAUAAAUAAUGUAUAGUAUUACAUAGUAUUUUGGUAUAUGUAUUUAAUAAUUCAUUUACAUCUAUUAUAAAUACACCUAUAUACAAUUAAA